AUGCGCUCUCACCAUCCCAAAACGGCAAACGGUGCCUUGGAUGAUGCAAUUUAUGAAUCGCAAAUUGCUGCCGAAAUCGAUCGUCUCCGCUCUCACAUCAACGACGCAGUCGUCUGUCAACUUGCAUCCAGACUGAAUGGCGGUCAGAGUUGCACAAUUGAACACUCGUCCAAGGUUGGACUGAGCGCCCUCAUGGGAAGCGGCAACUAUCAUGCCCGCAUGUGCUUCCAAGGCGGCUCUCGCUCGUGGCUCCUCCGAGUUCCUCGAGUGACAGGCUUUGCCGUUGGUCUUCCCAUCCCAUUAGCGGACUAUUUGAUAGCCAGCGAGUACCCAUCGUUGAAGUUCCUCGAAACGACUGCGGUACCAGCUCCUCGGGCUUUCAGCUAUGGUGUGUGCAGCAAUGGAACAGGCCAUGGUGUCGGCGUGGCUUUUAUUCUUAUGGGAGAGUUACCAGGAAGACCCUGGACAGGCGAAGGCCUGUCCGGUACAACAGCCACUAACGAAGAAAAGGCUAGGAUCUGGAGCGACGUCUCCGAGAUCCUAGCUGAGCUGGAACGUCAUCCCUUUCCCAAAGCCGGGUCACUUUGCCUCCAGUCAUCCAAUAUCGGAGUUUCGGCUGUAGCAAGCGACAGAUUCGUUGUACUCACUCCCGAUGGCCCAUUUCAUAAUUCCACGGCUUAUUAUACUGCUUUUGCUGAGCAAUACUUGGCACUGAUUGCAGACGGCCAACUCUACACCGAGUUUCCAGUUGAUGCUUACCUCGUAAACGAAGUCUCCAGAGAAAUUUUUUCGAAGCACGUUGACAGUAAAGGCGACCACUUACUUGUCGACGAUGACCUCCACAUUACAGGCAUUAUCGACUGGCAGAUGGCACGUGCUGUGCCACGGAGUAAAGCCUUUGGUCCGUCCCUUGUAACUGCCGAAAUGGAUACAUUGUGUACCCGGCAGGUUUCGCUCAGCUCCGAUGAUGUUGCCCUGACGGAUGCUCUGCGGCAAACGGGUCUCUCUUGGAUGACCAGCAGCGUGGUUGACGAGAAAGCCAGAAGGUUCUUCUGGGGGCUCGCCUUGGAACCUGAAUGGUCGAAUGCCUUACCCUUGGCAGUUGCAAUACUGGAAGUCUUUGGGAUUCAACAAGAUUGGGUAGAGUGGAGAGAGAGGGCACUGACUGAAUACGACACUGACGAGCGCCUAAAGAGCCUUGUUGAGAACUGUCAUCCCUGA